UGACCCAUGGCAAAUCCUCAAGAAACAAGAAAAUGUUGUGUCAGCAAUCUUCGUUAAUUUCAAACGAUUCACAAAGUUCAGGAAGUAUUAAUACAAAUCACAGCAGUUGCAUCGUUUAUGCGGAUAGUUUACAGCUUUACCGACUAUUCGCGUUUCCAACGUGGGUGGUUAAAUUUGAUCAGAAAGAGCAAAGCAAUGAACGAGAGACUGAAGACGAGAUAAAUGUACCUAAGGUCAUUGCGUUUAUUCUAUGAGUUUUUUUCGCGCAUUCUCUUUAAAUAAGAAAAUAGUAGCACACAAAAUUACAAAGAAAUACCUUUAAACCAUGGGGUCGGUGAACAAUGUUUCUGCUUUUUUAAUUUUUUUUAUCGUAUCAUUAACAAUCUAUUGCGAGGACUUGAAAAAACCAACAGUGUUAAUUUCGAUUUUAGUUCGAAAUAAAGCACACACAUUACCAUACUUUUUAACUUUCUUGGAACGUCUAGAUUAUCCAAAAAAACGGAUACAUCUUUGCAUACACAGUGAUAAUAAUAUUGAUAAUUCGAUCGAAAUAUUGUCUACUUGGUUGGAGAGUAAAGGUAACGAGUAUCACGGCGUCGACGGAAACUUAAAUGAAAGAUCGAACGGCUUUGAAGAUGAAGAUGGAAUUGCUGAUUGGUCGACCCAAAGAUUUUUGCACGUGAUAAACCUCCGCGAAAGUUGUCUUAACGCGGGACGGAACAUCUGGGCAGAUUUUGUUUUGAUGCUCGACGCAGACGUUUUUCUAACGAAUCCUUAUACUCUAGAUAAAUUAAUUUCAAAAAAUGAAACUGUGGUUAGUCCAUUAUUAAAAUCGGAUGGCAUGUAUAGCAAUUUUUGGGCUGGAAUGAAUUCAAAUUACUACUACCUUAGAACGGAUAAGUACAAUCGGAUCUUGUUUAGGACUGAGACAGGAUGUUUUGAUGUACCUAUGCUUCAUAGCGCGGUUCUCAUAAAUUUAAGAAAACGAGCUUCAGACCUGUUGACUUAUGACCCCCAUAACUUGGAUUGGUAUGAUGGCCCUACAGAUGAUAUUAUAAGCUUUGCUGUUGGAGCUAACAAGUCUGGGGUGUCAUUGUUUAUUUGCAAUGACGAUUAUUACGGAUUUAUUAUGGUGCCAUUAGAAAAAGGAGAAACAAUUGCGGACGAUUUGGAACUUCUGACCAAUAUUAAAACAGAGAUAUUAACAGACAAUGAUUAUCCUCCACUGUCCAAGGUUCUUGAACAUUACGUUAAAUAUCCUGUAGAAGAUACGCUAGGAGUCGAUAAUAUUUAUAUGAUAAAUCUUUUAAGAAGACCGGAAAGGCGAAAUAGAAUGCACCGACUUUUCAAAGAACUCGGUAUUCGAGCGUAUACUGUUGACGCCAUCGACGGUAGGUCAUUGAAUCAUUCCAUCUUAAAUAAUAUGGGAGUAAAAAUUAUGCCGGAAUAUGCCGAUCCCUACCAUAAUAGACCGAUGACAAUGGGAGAAGUAGGUUGUUUCUUAAGUCAUUACAUUAUCUGGAAUAAGGUGAUAGAAGAUGAUGUUGAAACCAUUAUAAUUUUAGAGGAUGAUAUUCGUUUCGAACCAUUCUUUAGACAAAAAGUGAACUAUAUAUUAACAGAGCUCAAUAAUCUUCAGCUUAAAUGGGAUUUGGUCUAUUUGGGAAGAAAAAGAUUAAUGGAAAGUGCUGAAUCUCCAAUUGAAGGAUCAAAAUAUUUAGUACAUGCCGCUUACAGUUAUUGGACAUUAGGAUACAUGUUAUCUAAAAGCGGAGCAAAAAAACUUAUAGAAGCGGAACCACUUAAGAAGUUGAUACCCGUAGAUGAGUAUCUACCAAUAUUAUCUAAUACACAUCCUAGACAAGAAUGGAAAGUCCAUUACCCAACACGAGAUUUGAUAAUACUUUCUGCAAAUCCUUUGUUGAUCUAUCCUACUCAUUAUACUGGUGAACAAGGAUAUAUCAGUGACACAGAAAAUUCUAUGAUUGCAUUUACAAAUGAAGAUACAAAUAAGCUCAAAGAACGAGAAGAGCUGUAAGUGCCAUAAAAAUAAUAUAGCCAUAAGUCUAUAUCUUGCAGGAGUAAAAUAAAAUAUGAUACUAGUCUUCUUAAUCAAACUAAGCAAUAUUUCUUGUUCCAUGACAUUUUUUACUGCCAUUUAAACUAUUAAAAUGUAAGAUUAUAAAAACUA